CUGAGAUAGAGCAAGUGGUAGAUCUAAUAUCAAGACAGCCUAGAGUUGUUAAUAUUAGAAGUUGGCUUCACCAGCUAUUACGACAACCUAAUUCCAAUAUAUUCAUGACAGUUGACUCUGAAUUAGAACGGGAUAUGAGAUACAUGUGCGAAAGAUUUGGAUUAAUGAUAACCAUGUAUGGCCUUAAAAAGAAGAUUGAUUAUAAAUUGGAGGAUCCUGAAUUAGAAACUAACUUUACUAUCACCGAAUUUAUUCCACGAAAUGCUGAGAAGGAGGAAGCCUUUAAUGAAUUUAUCAAAGAAUACGGACAAAGAGAGGAGGACUGGACUAUUUAUGAUGAUGAUUGGCACGACUGGAAUGACCUUUUUUGUGAAAUUAAAACCCAUUGA